CGUUGCAGGGGAGGGGCAAGGAGGAAGGGGCUGGAGGAGGGUACGUGGGGGCGGGCCGCCCCACGGCUGAAGCACUGCACCAGACUCAGGCAGAGGGCCAGCCAUGUCCAGCCCAGGGCUCCUGCUCCUGCUCUUGCUGCUGUCAGCGUCACCACCGCUGCGACCCUCCUCGCUGGCACCGCCAGAAACCCCAGAAGGCAAAGCCACCAUCACAGGCCUCAUCCUCUCCGCGCUGGAGAGAGCCAUUUCCUUCCUGGAGAAGAGGCUGCCUGAAAUCAACUUGGAUGGCGUGGUGGGGUUCCGGGUGCUGGAAGUGCAGCUAAAAGGUGUUCAAGAAAAAUGGGCUCGGGACCCCCAGCUGCAGCCGCUGAGCCUGAGUGUGGGGAAGCUGGUGGAAAAACUAGCACCUCUCCUUCACAGAUCCAUUUUCUACCUGGAGCUGAGUGACCCUAAGUACCUAAGAGAGUUCCAAUCAACCAUCCAGCCUGGGUUUUGGAAGCUUCCGCGUGCCUGGACCUGUACAGAUGCCUCCAUGGUCUACCCCACGUUUGAGACUCAGGACUCCUUCUCAGAGGAAAGCAGUGACUUGUGUCUGGUGCAGCUGCUGGGAACAGGGACCGAUGGUGGCCAGCCCUGCAGGCUCUCAGACUUCUGCAGGACCCUCAUGACCAAGCCCGGCUGCUCAGGCUAUUGCCUGUCUCACCAGCUGCUCUUUUUCCUCUCAGCCAGAUUGAAGGGAUGCACGGAGGGGCUGUUCCGCCACAGCCAGCACUACAUGAACCUCUUUUGUGCCAACAUGAUGGACCUGAACCAGAGAGCUGAGGCUAUCGGAUACGCGUACCCCACCCGGGACAUCUUCAUGGAGAACAUCAUGUUCUGUGGAAUCAGUGGCUUCUCAGACUUCUACAAGCUCUGGUGGCUGGAGGCCAUUCUCAACUGGCAGAAGCCAGAGGAAGGAUGCUUCGGGAGGCCUGCUGCUGAAGAUGAAGAAUUAUUGACAGCCAUUCAACACCAACAGCACGUUUUAAGAAGAGUGAAGAGGCGAGAAAAACAAUUUACAGAUUCGCCUUUUCCAGACACUGAAAACAAGUGGAACCACACAACAGAACUUUUGGGGGUGAUGAAAACGUCCUAAAAUUGGACUAAGAUAUGCUAUCUCUGCAACAUCUACUGAAAAUCAUUGACACGUACACUUUAAAACAGUUAAAUUUUAUGGUAUGUAAAUUACACCUCAAUAAAACCAUUAUAUAAAAAAAACAAAAAACAAAAACACACAAAAAACCCAAGAUCUUCCAGUAGCUUCCUGUUUCCACUUAGGCUGAAAUCCAAAUGAAUUUCCCUGGAGCCCUGCAGGAUCUGGCGCUGGCCUGAACCUUCCUCCUCUAUCCUCCCCGACCAAGCUCCAGCCCAUCUCCGGGCUCUACAGUGCCCUCUGCCUGUGAGGCUCUGGCCCUGCAUCUCCCACAGCUGUCCCUUUUUUCUGGUGCCUUAUUACUCAGUCUACAAUGGGCUUCGAGAGGCCUUCCCUGCCACCUCCCCCUAAGACAUGGUUCUUUCUCCAUCCUGCUUCUUCCCACCAUACUUGGGUUGUUUAGUGUGUGUCUCCACGAGGGCAGGGCCAAGCUGUCUGUUUCAUCAGCCUCUAGCACAGAGGAGGCACUCAAUCUGUUGAAUACCCAAGUGACUAUACAGCCAGAUGAGGAUGUUGAGAAGAGACAAAGGUAUUCCUAAGGAAGGAUAAAUGUGAGCAGAGGAGACAGCCCUGAGUUAGUUAGCUGGUAUGGCUGGGACUGUGGGUUCGGGCUUGUUGAAAGAUAAACUGAGGCCUAUUAAAAAUGUUAAGGGUUUAUUUGAGCAAAAAUCAAUUCAAAUCUAGCAGUACCAAAUUGAAGUGGAAACAAGCCAGGGGAAAGACCUCAACAAAGAAAGCGAGAAAAUAAAGACAGGAAAUAGGUUGCCUAUAGUUUAAUGCCUAGCUGGCUGUUAGUUAAAGCUGUUUGUAAAUGGCCAUUCUUAGCAUUUUGGUUUCAUAACCUUGAGGCAUUUACAGUCUUGGGUUCUCGUUUGCUUCUGUGAGCAAUGUUAAAGAAAAAGAGGUGCAUCUGGCUGGCUCAGUCGUGUAGCGUGCAACUCUUGAUCUCAGGAUCCUCAGUUCGAGGCUCACGUUGUAUGGAGAGAGGAAAAAAAGAACAAGAGAAAGAGAGAGAAAGAAAGAGAGAAAGAGAGAAACAGAGAGAGAGAGAGAGGGAGAGGAAGGAAGGAAGGAAGGAAGGAAGGAAGGAAGGAAGGAAGGAAGGAAGGAAGGAAGAGAGACAACGGGCCCCAAAUAGAGUCACAUAUGCCAAGCCCCACAUCAGCAAACCAAGACUUAAUACCUAACUUAACUGCAGUUUCAGCCUCUUCCAGGAAUGAAAGUUUUAACUCCAGCCUGGAGUAACCUGGUCAGCACUAGUGAAGUCAUCUACAAGAUAGGCCCCUGCCCUUCCCCCAAAGGACGGUGAAGUUGCCAGAAACAAUCUUUCUUUGUCUCACUCCCUGUCUGCCUAUAAAUGCCUUUCAUUUUGUAUGGCUCUUUGGAGCUCCUUUCUAUUUGCUAGAUGGAAUGCUGCUUAGUUCAUGAGUCGUUGAAUAAAGUCAAUUUGAUCUUUAAAUUUA